AGGCAAAAUUGAAAAGGAUCGUGGGAAGUUGACACCAUUUCUGGCGGUUUAGGGCAGGCACCAGAGGCAAAGGGGAUCGUCGGCAAUACACGAUGGCGGAUGAUGACUAUAACGACAUGGAUAUGGGAUAUGAAGAGGAACCACCAGAGCCUGAGAUUGAAGAAGGUGCCGAGGAGGAUGUGGAGAACAACAAUACCGAUGACGUAGGUGGAGAGCCGCUUGAAACUGAGGAUAGGGAAGAACAAGGGGCUAUAGAACGGCCGAGGAAGACAACCAAAUAUAUGACAAAAUAUGAGCGUGCCCGAAUUUUAGGUACUCGUGCUCUCCAAAUCAGUAUGAAUGCACCUGUCAUGGUUGAGUUGGAGGGUGAGACCGACCCUCUUGAGAUUGCUAUGAAGGAGCUUCGAGAGCGGAAGAUACCAUUUACUAUCCGUCGCUACUUGCCCGAUGGAAGCUAUGAGGACUGGGGAGUUGAUGAACUGAUUGUGGAGGACUCCUGGAAGAGGCAAGUGGGUGGUGACUGAUUUGGUUUGAGCUGACAAAUGUGGCAUGGAAAGGACUAAAAAAGAAACUAAGAAAGAACCUCUUUUCUCAGGUUUAUCAUUCAGUUACUGUAUUGUGGUUAUAAAUUGGGAUAGGGCAGAUGACAAGGGUGGCUUCUGAUUGAAUUCUCAUCGUCAUAGUUUUGGAGAUUCUGUGUGGCUAUAUUAAGACUCUUGCUUAUAUUCUGAUAGAGACUUGGUCACUCACCACCAAAGUCCAAAUCUGUGAAAUCCAAUUUUUUUGCGCGUUC